GUAUACAAAGGGUUGCUGGAUUCUUUUAUAUAUUUAACUUAGAUAAAAACAACAUUAGAAAAGCAAAUAAACUUUUUGAGAGAUCUUUAGUGGACUACAUACAGAUGUUCCUGACAGCGAGACCACCACUUGCGGAGGUCCGCCAUAUUGUUUGUAGCCAGAUGCCAAAGCGCGCCUGAAAAUUGUGAAAUUUCCCACACGCAUUAAAAGCGUCAUCUAAUUGGAUACACCUGUGUACAUCGGAAUAGUGAUGGAGUCGAAGAGUACUAAGGAGAUAAUGAAGUGCGUGAGCCACCAGCAGGCCAGCCAGCUGCUCCAUAACAAGUUCAUUGUGGUUCUGGGAGACUCCAUUCAGCGGUCUGUAUACAAGGACCUUGUUCUGCUGAUACAGAAGGAGAAAUAUCUCACGUUAAGACAACUCAAGAGUAAGGGGGAGAUGAGCUUUGAACAGGACUGUCUGGUAGAAGGGGGCUGUCUAAGCCAAAUGCACAAUGGAACACAGUACCGAGAGGUUCGGCAAUUUCAGUCGGCCCACCACCUGAUCCGCUUCUACUUUGUGACACGCAUCUACUCUCGCUACAUGCAGAGCAUCCUAGAUGACUUCUGCCACGGCUUGAAACCAGAUGUAGUCAUUGUCAACUCCUGCGUUUGGGACAUUUCAAGAUACAAUUCCUCUUGGAUUGAUGACUACAAGAAGAACCUAUAUACGUUCUUUGAUGAGCUGAGAACCAUUCUGCCUGAGGAAUCCCUGGUCAUAUGGAACCUCACUAUGCCGUUAGCAGAGAAGAUCAAAGGUGGUUUCUUGGUGCCUGAGAUUGAGCACAAGGCCCCCCAGCUGCGUUACGAUGUGAUCGAAGCAAACUUCUACAGCGGGACUCUGGCUGACACCCACGGGAUGGAUGUGUUGGACCUCCACUUCCAGUUCCGCUUCUCCCUGCACCAUCGUACAAACGAUGGAGUCCACUGGAACGCCAUUGCCCACCGCAGGAUAACCUCCCUGCUGUUGCAGCAUGCUGCACAGGCCUGGGGCGUCAGUAUGCCCUGUCCACUGAGAGCUGUUGGACAGUGUAGAGAGACAGGAAAAGCAGGGACAGAGAGAAGACAAAUGACUUGCAGCAGAGGGUCUGUCCGGUCAGGAGUUGAACAGGGGACUCGCUGCUCAGAGCAUUUGCACCCAUGUGGUAUCCGCCCUAAUCACUCGGAAAAUACUGAUGUCACUGUUAAGCGGCCAGUCUAUGGAAAUGCUACCAACUCUGCAGGAGUGCGUCAAGUACAGUGUGCCUCUAACUACCCCAACCCUCCUGCCAACUACUUUUCCAGCAUGGAGAGGUACCCAACCAAAAGAAAUUACAACAGCUACAGGGAGGAGUUAUUCAGCAAUUCCCUCCCUUAUAAAUACUUGAGCUUCGAGGGCCACAACCCGCAGCAGCAGACGUAUCGCCAUGAGGCUGCUGGAGCUUACAGACCUGCCCUCUCACCGCAUCCUUACUCACCAAUCCACAGACACAAAUAUAAACAUGGACAUGUUGGAAAUGGUUUCGACUACAGACCUCCCCACCACUUUGAGCCCUACAAUGAUCACCAUCAUAAGUACGUGAUGAGGAGCCGACGCAGCAGACACCACUAUGCUCCAUACACCCAUCACAGGUCAAAUCAUUACUCACAUAAUAGCCGUUACUACUAAGGUGUUUUACAAGAUUGAGACCUGGUCAAAUUCCUCUUAUCGUGUUAUCUUUUUCCAUCUCUUGCAUCGUCUGCAGUACAUUGUUUGUGUUCUAAGUGCUGAACCAUAUAAAGGCUUGUAACCAGGUGGGAGCAUAAAACCUCAAACUGCUGAGUUCACACCCAGAUUUUAUGUAAUUAGUUGAAUGUCCUCACACAUGCAUACAUGUUUUUCUUAUAUUGUAAAUCAGUAGUCUUAUAGAUGUUUAAAUUUUCAAUUGUUAGUUCGUUUCAUUUUUUAAAUUCUGCAUUUACAAUGUAUCAAGUGUUGUGUUCUAUUAAAGCUGACUAAGAUUUCAA